AUGUUUAGCAAACGGCGUCGCGCUGCUUCGAAUCCGCCCCAGCGAGCGCCCCCGAGCGCAUCGGCGUCUCUGGCCGCGACCAAGGCCUUUGUCCAGCAUCGUGAGUCUAACACAGAUCUCUCUUCAGCCGCCGCCGCCGCCGCCCUCCGUACGCAUGUCACGACUCCGACCCCUGUGGGCCACACCGUGACAAAGCGCAUGGUGAGGCGCGGUUCGGUGUCGUCAAACGGCAGCAAUGCGCGCCCUCCGCCCGUUGGGCUGCAUAGGCAACUCAGUUCAGGUAGUAUGACAGAGCGCUCAUUUCGCGCAGCAUCCCCAGCCAGGAGCCUCCCCGCUGAGCAACACCCGCCGCCCGUACCGCCCGUGCCCCAGAGCCAUCUCCAACAGGCCAAUGCUGUGCAUCGGCGCGCAUCCAGCCUCGAGCCGACCAACCGUGGAGGAUCGCCCGGCCCGAGAGGCGGAGGCAGAGGCGUCAGUCUGGACAGAGCCGCGAGCAAUGCGGCUGCGAGGGGUCAUGAGCGACAGACCAGCCAUCUCGCGCAGGUCUCGGAAGAGGAGGAUGCAGUGAGGAACUCGGUCAACUUUUCGCGCCCAAUGUCGCCCGGCGCAUCCGCGGGGAGAAAGCCAUCCCCACCGAAAGGCCAGGGCUGGUUCGGAGGCCCGGUCGUGAACAAGGAGGCCGUCCAGCGCAUGGCAUCGACAUCGCGACCGCAGACUUCGAGCGGCGUCUCAGCAUACGACCUCCAGAACGCCCAGCGAUCGGUCCAACACGCUGCGGAGCGCCCAGUGAAGACUCACCAACUUGCGCAGGGCGCAGAGGGCACUCGAUUAAAUAGCGGCAGUAUGCGUGUGAAGCCAACGGGAGCGGCAGUGCAGUCAAGGUCCUUCUUACAAGCAGCAGCAAGACAGCCGGCAGGGCCUGUUGAUCCAAACUCUCCAGAUGCUGUUUACGAUCCCUCGACACGAACUUUUAUUCGCAAGCAGGAUGCCAUGGCUAUCCAUCGAGAGCUAUAUGAAGAGCCAGAGCAGCCAUCUCGGCAAUACGUCGCCCAACAUGUGCAGGACUAUCACGGCCAACCUCUCUCACCACCACAAAGUGGUCGAGGGUCUCCAAGUCCUGGGCAGCAGUACGUCAGGAGGGUAGAAUCCCCUCGGCCAGCCACAGCCGCGAAACAAGCCCAGCCAGUCGUGCAACCGCGUACUCCAGAGCCACCAAUGGAACCUGUGAUGCAGGGACGCAACUCGGAAGACUUUGCUGAUGCUGAAAUCCAGCCAUCUGAAGAGGCCAAUGUAGGACGCAGUUUGGAGCAGGCUGUGCCAAUGGAACCUGAGCGUACAGAGAACAUAGCAGUGUCCAACUUGAGAGUCAAUCAAGAUAGCUCGUAUCCUCGCCUCGCAGCUCCAGGCAGGUCAACGCCUGUAAAUACUGAAACUGGGCUAAAGCGCGCAAAUACGCUCUCUGGACCAGACCGACCAGUCUCACUGAGUCCUCACCGCAAUGCACACUUUGCCCCAGGUGUUGUGGAGCUUGCUGGAACAAAGCACGAACCCCUGCCCCGUUCGAUUUCACCUGCCAAAUCUGCGCUGAAGUCAUCCCCUUCGGUCUCGAGACGAAGCCACUCUCCAGUCGCAUCAAACGGACGACUCACUAGCAAGAGUGCCUCAAGCGAGGCGUCUGAUGCCACAUCUGACGCUGAGUCACAGAAACGGAAGAAGAGUGUUCGCGUUAGCUUUGAGCAAACGCCAGUUGUAGUUGCUGUUGCAACCGGCGGCGAUGUUGAAUCCCCCCCUCCUCACUCAGGCCUAGGCGCAUCGAAAUGGAGUCCUGUAGCCGAGAAAGACGACGAGUUCGAGGACUUCAUGAAGCCCCGUGCACCACUCCCCGUGUUUGGAAGCAUCCGUGAAAAAGAACGUCGCCCCACCUCUGAAAACUUGGCUGAAAAGGUUACCGAAACGGUAACGACAACGCCUCUGUCCGCGUCAAUUGGCUCGAUCAUUGAGAACACCACCACGUCCAAUGACCACGCGCUGGGAAACAUUGUUGCCCAGGAUUUUGCCGACCAGGCCAAGGCUUCUUCAGAUCCUGUCCCUCCACAAGUUACGACUGUCGAAGGUAGUGGUUACGUGUCCGACUCCAGCGAAGAGUCCAGUGCGCUAAAGCAUGGAGAUGCCACGGAGCAGUCAUCUGUGCCCGAGCCAAAGUCAUUGACUUCGCAGUAUGAUAGGGAGUCGUCUUCGCCAGCUCCGAUCACGGAACAAGUGGUUGAAGUCCCCCAACUCGCGCUCCAACCUGCGACCCCAAGUCCUUACGAGCGACCAGAGCCAGAAUUCCAGGCCAUGACCAUACCUGGAGGUUGGGAUGCAGACGGCAAUGAAAUCACGCCCAACGCGAGCACUCCUACGGACAGAGAGGGCCAUUCGAAGCGGGAUGAGCAACCAUUGCCUCCCAAAGCUCAGCAGAUCACUUUUGCGGAAGAUGGCGAAACCACAGAAGACGACAGCAGUAUCUAUAGCGAUGCUUAUGAGGACCUUACAGACACGGAGGGUGGCUUCGCCAGCAUUGACGCCUUGAUGCAGAGUCCGGCUGGUCCGUCUUCAUCAGGCCUGAUGUCCUCCAAGUACGCGGACAAUGUUACAGAGAGUGCAGCUGCAAAACAAACCAAAGAUUAUGACUCAGACGUAGAUUCAGAUGUGACCACUACACAGGACUGGGGUGCUGCUGAAAAGCACUGGAGUAGUGUCAGUGCGGCUCAAAGGCAAACGCAAGGUGACAAACCAGUUCCUGAUGAAGGAACCCGUGCUGAGGCUGCGGUCAAUCGCGUAAUGCAAGCUCCGGUUGUCGGCCAAGAGCCUCCAACAGCAUCGAUUGCAUCCGACAAAAAUUGGACACAGCUGACAGCCCAAGCCUCCCAAGUAGCAUCGAAACCCCUCAAGUCGGCAUUGAAGAAGACGACUGUGCCGCAGACUAUUGCUGCACCCGAGCCUAAGAUGCGACAAUCAAUGAGAGGACCACCUCCCAGGGAAGGUGCCCCAGACGUUCACAUGAAGAAGACAAUGCGUGGUGGAGGAACAGACGCCACGCCAUCAAUGCGAGCCAGCAUGCGAGGCUCAUCAGACACUAGUCCAAGGGCACAACCCCAAAUGCGACAAAGCAUGCGUGGAUCUGAACCAUCUCCAUCCCCAUCCGCUUCUAUGGGUCUGGCUGCAUCGAGACAUAGCAUGGUCCCACUGGAAACCAAGCCACCUCGAGCAGCCCUUCAAAAGAAGCACAUCCAGACAGCACCCAUUGUGCCCAAGGCCCGACGGCAGAGCAUGCCAGCCGUCAAACAGAUGCCUGCUACAGUACCAACAUAUGAUAGCGAUUCAGAUGCUUCCGCAAGUAGCUUUCAGCGUACUAGAGCACGGGGUCGCAACCAGCCUGGUCGAAUGACAAUGAGGGGAUCUAUGAGACAAGAGCCUGCGCCUACAAUGCGCGGAGCUGCUCCAGCACCCAAGCAGGUCCACGCGAUUUCACCACCAGCUUCACCAGCACAAGUCAUUCGAAAGUCAAUGCGUUCCUCCUCACCUGCGUCUGAACCGGUGAAGUCGUCAAGAUUCAGUAUCAGGUCACUGUCGCCCAUGGGCAGGUUCCGUAAAGGUCCUGAGGCCAGACCGUCCUCACCUACGUCAUCCAAACCGAUGCCAACCUUCAACAAACAGCCAAAACCUCCAAAGCCCCAGAAGCAAACGGCGCCAAUUGCUAGUCGUGCAAAGGCCUUUACUAGUCGAUUCGCCGACUCCAGUGAUGAGGAAGAUGAUGCUCAUCCACGACGCUUCCAAAGCCGCUUCGCAGAUUCGGACGAUGACGAGCCGAUCGACUAUAAGCUCCCUCCUGGACUCGCUCCGGUACGUGGCAUUCCGCGUACGCGUGAGGAUGACGGCGAAUCGACCGAGCUGGAGGAAGAGGCAGAAGAGAGUCCGACGGUUGCUUCUGCAACGGCAGCGAAAACUGAAGCUGCUACAAGCGGCGUUAACAAUGGCCAGGCCAAUGAAAGCUCGCAGAGACAGGGUAUAGCUUUGGCCAGUGGCUCACUACGCGACAGCAAGUAUGCACCUGGAGCGCCAUCUUCUGAUGCUGGCACUCCGACAAAGCAGAAGCGCGGCUUCUUUGGGCUAGGGAAGAAGAAACAGCCCUUAGUCAGCCCCGCGGAUGCAGCCGAAUCUACUGUCAGAACCGCGGAUAUCCCCUUGGCACCUUCGCAUCGCAAUCGCGAGCCAGGUCAUGUUCUGACACCCAUCAACGAAGAUCAGGACUUUGAUACCCUUGUUGCGUCCUCGCCACAGAGCAAAAAAUCACCCAAGCUGCAUCGGCGAUCGACACCAGAGUGGCCUCUCCCUUCCCCGCCAGUCAUUGGGGAUGUAGAACGUCCAAUGAGCUCAGAUGGAAUCGCAACACGUCGUCCACGCUUUGCGAGCCGACAAAUGAGCCAAGUCUCCAAUGUCACCGCGCCUGUUGUCGGUGCACAGGGCCGUUCGGUGUCAUAUGGCCGGACUGGCAAGAAGAAGAAGUUUCAGGGCCUGAGGCGGGUCUUCGGCCUCAACGACUGA